CACUAGAUACAUUGGGUUUUGUGCCAGAGUAUGAUUAACCUCUGUAUUUGAAAUCAUCGCUUAUAUACCAACAUUCUAUAAUCUAUAAUUUUAGUAAGAGAAAAAAGCGUGAGAAAAUAAAAAAUGGGAGAAGUGCUGAAAAGGAAGGGAUGGUCCCUCCAAGGAAUGACUGCACUGGUCACCGGCGGCACCAAAGGACUUGGGCAUGCUAUAGUAGAGGAGCUGGCCGAGUUUGGAGCGUCCGUACAUACAUGUGCACGUAAUGAAGCUGAGCUGGAAGAGUGCCUCCGUGUAUGGAAAGAAUCGGGUUUCCGUGUAACGGGUUCUGUUUGCGAUGUAUCAGUACGUGAGGCCCGUGAGAAGCUGAUGGAGGACGUUUCCUUUCUCUUCCAAGGAAAGCUCAACAUCUUCAUUUGCAAUGCAGCGACAUUCCUCCUUAAGCCAACAGCUGAGGUUACUGCUGAAGAAUUCUCAUUUGUAACCGCUACCAACUUCGAAUCAGCAUACCAUUUCAGCCAACUCGCUCACCCUCUCUUGAAAGCAUCAGGACAAGGAAGCAUCGUUUUCUUAUCAUCAGCCGCUAGUUUGGUAGCUACAUGUGCUGCGACAGUUUAUUCAGCUCUCAAAGGAGCAUUGAAUCAGCUGGCAAAGAAUCUGGCAUGCGAGUGGGGGAAAGACAAUAUACGUACUAAUUGUGUUGCACCAUGGAUGAACAAGACAACCUUGUCUACCCCUGUUCUUGGAAAUAAGGAAUUGGUGGAAGGAAUGAUGGCACGAACUCCCCUUCGACGCUUUGGCAAUCCAAAGGUGGUUUCAUCUUUGGUGGCGUUCCUUUGCCUGCCUGUUGCUUCAUAUAUCACCGGCCAAGUCAUCGCUAUUGACGGGGGAUUCACGGUGAAUGGUUUCUACCCUGCAAAAGACGAAUAAUCCAAUAACAUUCAUGGAGGCAAAUGACAAUAAAUAUUUCGUCUAAAUCCAUUUGGAUUAAGCUAUGUUAGUCGAACAAAGAACAUCCCCAGCACCUGGUUGAGAUAAUAGUAUCAUUGAUAAAUCAGGAAUGCAUAAAUAACAUUAUGAGUUUUUCAUUGCCUUCCA